CUUCAAACUUUAAUGUACUUCAAAUUAAUUUCUUACAUUCAUCCAAUUUUCACUAUCAAUAAAGAUAAUGAAAACUUAUGCUAAAACUAUUCACGCAUAAGCAUAAUUAGCAAUUUUGCUACCGUCAUUUUUAUUGCGCAAUAUAUGCCUAAUGACACGAGAUGAAGUACUGAAAUUAUAACAAUCGGCAACUCGAACAUGAAUGGUAGCAUAAGCUCGACACACGAUUGGUUCCCCGGAUGACCUGAGAUGACCCAGUGUCACGUGGCUCGGACUUUGCUUGCUGAACUGGUAAAGCGAAGAGGGUCAGUUGAAGCCCAGCUCGUGUGGUGAUUAGUCAGUCUAAAGAGCAAGAUCGAGACAGCUCGCACGCUUGAGUCUUCGGUACUUGCUCGUAACGCGAAACAACGAGUCACUCCGGGCCUCGCUGCCGCUGUCCGCCGGAGCGAAGAGUUAAGUGGAGCAAACGAAGGGAUUACGCUCAUUUCAUCGCGAUCAAGAGGAUCAACGCCAAGUGUGGUCAUUGUGUGUGUGAAAGGUCAAGGUGCGUGACGGUCAGCGAGGGACAACACCCUCGCCUCGGGAUGACACAACGUGACACUCGCGAGUGACACAUCUGGUCCCACGAGAUCAUCGUGCAGAAGCCAAGCCCGCGAGCGAGCGUAGUUGUGCACAUCCUGCCUGUGUGCACGCAUUGAAAUCAGUGUACAUAUACGUGUAACUCCGGUGUGUACAUUAGUUCGUCCCUCGAGCGUGUGCUGUGACCAGUGGUGUGUGACGGUUGUCUGUGACGGUGUGUGACGCCUCCCACCCACGCGCGGACUCUCAUCACACUGUCGGGACAGCCCUCGGACAGGACGCACGGGACCUCUGCCUGCCUGCCUGGCCGCUCCUGCCGGGUCACCGUGACAACCCUUCGCUGUAGCUUCGGUUCUCUUCAAGGGUGCACGCUCCCCCACCGUUGCCAGAAGAAUUUCUUAAUAUUUCGUGAUGUUGGUGGAAUCAAGUGUGGAUACCCCGGCGAUGUCUCCCGAAGGCUGCACUUCCCCGCAGCCAAGUGACGGCGAGGAGGGCAAGGGCCGAGUGUUCGCCUGCACAAUGUGUUCAUACCGCACAGACCGCAAGAACAACCUCAAGAGACACACGCUGACGAUGCACGAACUUUCCCCGGCCCUUCUGGAGUGUUGUGGCCUGCGCUUCCUCAACAAGGCCGAGCUGAGGAUGCACACACACAAGUUCCACCGCGAUGGGUACCACUGCGACGUGUGCGGCCGCGUCUUCUGCCGGAAGGCACUCUUGAAGCGCCAUUACUCCGUCCACUCUGGCUUCAAGGAGUUCUCGUGCCACUUCUGCGGUUACGAGACGAGCCACAAGAGCAACCUGGAGCGCCACAUGCGCGUGCAUCGUAAGGAUGGGGCGCCUUUGCCUCAGCAUCUCCUCGAGGGAGGCUUCCUGCCAGAACUGUCUCAGCCUAGUGCCACUUUCUCGCCCGCGAUGAGUUUCCGCAGCGGCCUCCUGCCCGCUCAACCACGCCCGGUCCUGCCCCUGUUUUCUGAUCACCAUCCUCACCUCUACUCCACUCCCGGGGUGCCCACGCCUGCAUGGCCUGCCUGGCCUGUGCUCACCCCACACACACCGCCCGCUCCCUCCGCCCCCGCUCUACCGCAGCACUUCCUGCAGAAGGCCCAGCAGGUCACAAGCCACCCGGAGGGUCAGACGGCGGACUUCCUCCCCGAAGUCGUCACCCCAAAGAAGCAGGGGCCGCGACGUGGCUUCAGCGUGUCCGCUUUGCUGGGCGACGACGUAAAGGAAGAGAACGACAGGGUUGAACUGAAGCCUCCCAUCAGCUCCACGCCCCUGCCGACGCCCAUCCAGACCAGCCCGAGCAGCCUUCACGGUGAGUUAUUUGUCCUAGAUUCCCUUUUCAUCUCUUUUCGAUUGUAUAUCAAACGGUGAUUACAUUUUAGAUCAGAUACAAGAAAUACCCUUAAGUGAUUUUUUAUUUAAUUCUCAUUUUUCUAUCCAACAGGUCUGUUCCGCCUGCCAGUGUCUUCGCCCCAGUCAUUGUCUCCAGACGCCUCCCGAGUGUGUGGUUCUUUCACUAGCA